AUGAACCUAGUUUCUGAUGCUGGGCUCAUUAAAAUUAUAGAUGGCUUUGCUAAAUGCUAUGAGGUUCUAGUUAAGGAGUUUGUUAUGAACAUCCCUGUGGACUGUGCUGACCCUGAAAGCCAAAAUUUAAGGAAAAUUUAUGUAAGGGUUAAAUGUGUACACGUCUCCCCUGCGGUGAUCAACAAGUAUUUGGGAAGAAGUGAGGACGAGGGAUGUGACCUGGAGGUGAUUGAUAAUCAAGUCUGCAGGGAGAUCACUGCAAAUCAAGUCACUACUUGGCCUAUGAGAGGCAAAUUGUCAGCUGGUCAACUCAAUGUGAAAUAUGCCAUACUGCACAGAAUUGGAGCUGCCAAUUGGGUUCCUACAAAUCAUACUUCAAUAGUGGCAGUUGGGUUGGGGAAGUUUCUCUAUGUUGUGGGUACCAAAACUAGCUUCGACUAUGGUACUUAUAUUUUUUAUCAGAUUGUGAGACAUGCUGAAACCAAUGCCACCAAAAUGCUUAUUGCUUUCCCUUCCUUGAUCUGUGGUAAACAUGUUGCAGAUAUUGUCCUGGCAUCUACUGAGAAGAAACCGUCUACCAAAUUUGAUGUGAUUUCAGCUCUGAAGGAGACCUGCAAGGACUUGGAUGAGAUCAUUGCUACCAGUACCAAAAGGAAGCUUGAUAUUGAGCAAUUAAUCAAUAGUCUUGAACAUUCUGAUGGAAAUAAGAUUGGUGAUAACAUUGAAGAAGAACCUGCUGAGGCACAUCGUUCUGUCGAAGGCACUGCUACAUAG